UUUAAGAAAAGCGGCAAGCAGACAAAUUUUAAUAAUUUAUUGAAAUAAUAUUUAUUCAGAAUAGUUUUUUUUUAUUGAAAUAAGCUAAUAUAUUUAGUUUUUAGUUAGAUAUUACAUUUUAAAAAUGUUUUAAGUGAAAAUUAAUAGAGAAAAAAUAAUAUUAAGUAUAAAAGAAAAUGUUCCUUAGCGGUGGAGCCAUGACACAAGGGCGGUGUACACUUUUAUUUUGUAUUUUUUUUAUUUUCUCCGCAACUGCUGAAGAACAUGAAAUCGAUGUUGAAAAAAACAUUACCCUAAAAUGUCCUACAACAUUAAAUGAACCUGUAUGGUGGAGUUUUAAUGGAGAAAAUGUAACAAAUGAAAACAAAAGAUGGAUAAUAUCUAUGAUUCCAUCAACUGUAUUGGAAGAAAACUCACUGACUGAAACGGCUGAAACUGCAACCUUCAUUAAUGGAUUAACAAUAAAAGAAGUGAAAAUAGAAGAUGAGGGAAAUUUUACUUGUCAUUUCAGUGAAAUUGACACUUUGUCAACAAAAUCUUUUUGGUUACAACCAAUAAUUCGUCCAAAAAUAAUAUCUCACAGCGAAAAGGUUAUUAAAUCAAAUAUUUCGGAUACCGUAUCAUUUUUUUGUUAUGUUCAUGCUUAUCCAUAUCCAUCAAGAAAGUGGAAACAAAAGUGGCAAAAGAAUUUCAUUGAUCUUCCAUUUGAUAAAAACAGUAUGACAGAAGAUCCGAUCAAUAAAACACACACGAAUUUCUCUAUGAAAAUAGAAGAAGUUAGAAAAGCGGAUAACGGAACAUAUUCUUGUGAUGUGUCGUCACUUUAUUCUGAGGAAAAAAUUGAUUUAACCUUAUUGGUUUUAGAUGUCCCUCAAGUCAGCAUUGAAUAUGUUAAAGCAGUCGGAGCACAUAAAAUAUUUAUGAACUGGACGGUAAACAGUGGAAAUGAUCCAAUUAAAAAAUAUUUUGUCACAUUUAGGCAAGAGGGAAACACAACUUUUACUUAUUACAAUAAUAUAAUUGAUGGUAAAAACACGUCUUUAGUGUUAGAAAAUUUUCAACCAAAUACAAACUAUCAAUUUAAAUUGUCGGCUACAAAUUCAAUUGGUCAUAGUGUUUCAUACUCAUAUCCCCAUUGGAUUAAAACACUUGAAAAAGAUCCCAUCUUUGUGCCAAAAAUUGAAACGACUGGUAGUUCGGCAUCGACGAUAACAAUAAGUUGGUCACCGCCACCUCCUGACUUAUUGGAAUAUGUGCAAAAUUACGAAUUAGUUGUUUCAGAAGCAGGUGAAUCUCGUGUUAUAGAAACUAUUACUUACCAACAGAACAGUAGAAAUCUUCCUUACAUGUUUGAUAAUUUAAAGACUGCAACCGUUUACUUUUUUAAAGUUAGAGCAUGUUGUGAACUGUGUCGAUCUUGUGGACCUUGGUCGGAAAUUAUAAACGGCACCACAAUGGAUGGUAAAGCUAGUGAACCAAGAAAUUUAAAAAUAGAUUGCAGACAUUUAAAUAUAUCACGUUUAAAUAAAGUCAUGGUAACCUGGGAUACUCCACAGUUUCCAAAUGGGAAAGUUGUUUCUUAUAACAUCGAAUUGACUGGCUUGGCUACCUACCGCUCCUUCAACCAAAUUAAAAAUGAAACUUGGGGACCCAAAGUCUUAAACUCUGAUGCUUCAACCCAACGAGCUAUUUUUGAGAAUGUAGUCCCAAAUACAAAUUAUACAGUUUCAGUAUUCGCAAAAACAAGAAAUAAGAGAACUGGUGAUAUAGCAAAAGCAACAUGCACAAUGCCAGUGACUACCCCUGACGUAAUUGAAAAAAUAAUAAUGACCAAAAUAAAAACAUAUAACAACAAAUGUGUUUAUAAAGUAUUUUUGCCAAGAAUCAGUGAACGAAAUGGUAACAUAUGCUGUUACAGACUUUAUCUUGUACGAACUGAUGGGAGCAAUAAAGAGCUAGUUCACCCAGAGGAUUUGCCAAUAUCAACUUAUAAUGAAGUACAUGAAUCAAACAAUACCAAAGGGGGAGCCUAUAUUGUAGAAAUGUUUCCUGCCAGCGAUUUUAAAUCUGAAAUAUUCCUUGGGGAUGGUAAAAGAAUUUAUUCUGAUCCUGCAAGUGAAAAACAGGGAGAUAAAGCCUGUUUAAGAUGUUUAAAAAAUCAGCCAAUUAAAAAAUUUACAAAGCAUAUGCGGAAAAAUUACGAUACAACACUAUCGGGAGGUCCGCCGUUAUUGCCGGAAGAAACGCAAAGAGAGGAGUUAGAAAGAGCUGGAAAUUUAACUCAAGAUGCAUCCAAAAUUUUAGGAAAUAAACGCCGUCGGAGACAUCCCAAAUUAUCAAUGUCAGAAAGUGAACCACAAAUAUCUGUACAAUUGGAAGACACCGACUUAAUAGCUCCAAUGAUUAAUACUAAUCAAUAUGAAAUUUUUGAUGGAGAACUGGAUGCAUCGAGUAACUAUACAGGAUUUCUAGAAAUCAUUGUGGAAAAUAAUAAUCACGGGUCAGAAAAAAUGUUAACUGCAUACAGUGGAUACUUUGAAAUAACGACACCUAAAGAUUUUGGUAGUGAAGGUGGGAAUAAUGACGAUAUGUCAUUUAUUUUCAAUAUUGUCGUACAAGUUCUUUGUGCUUUAAUACUCUUGGUGUUAUUGCUCUUAGUAGCAUUAUGCUUUAUGCAUAGAUAUUAUACAAAAAAUGCUGGUCAAGGAGAUGAAAUAAUUAGUUUGAGGGAUUCAUUAAGUCGAGCAUUUUGUGGUGGACGCACAAGUAAUCAUCGACACCUGAUAGGAUCUGCAUUGAAUAAACCUACGGAUAUUGGUCCUAUUUCCAAAACUGAUCUUCCACAAGCAUAUGUGAACAGACAUAAGGAUACUGACUACGGAUUUUUGAGAGAGUAUGAAAUGUUGCCAAACCGGUUCAAUGAUCGUACCACAAAAAAUUCUGAUAUGAAGGAAAAUGCACAUAAAAAUAGAUAUCCGGAUAUUAAAGCUUACGAUCAAACUAGAGUAAAACUUUCUCUUGUAAAUGGUGUACAAGGGUCUGAUUAUAUCAAUGCCAAUUUCGUAAUUGGUUAUAAAGAACGAAAAAAGUUUAUAUGUGCUCAGGGUCCGAUGGAUAGCACGAUAAUUGAUUUUUGGAGAAUGAUUUGGGAACAGCAUUUAGAAAUAAUAGUAAUGCUAACGAACUUAGAAGAAUACAAUAAAUCAAAAUGUGCAAAAUAUUGGCCCGAAAAAGUUAACGAUUCCAAACAUUAUGGCGACAUAACUGUUACUUUCGCUUCGGAGCAACGUUUUUCGGACUUUUUAAUUAGAAAUUUAAAUAUUUUAAAGAAGACUGAUAACGAAGAAAAUGAACAGAGACAAAUACAACAAUAUCAUUAUCUUGUAUGGAAGGAUUUUAUGGCCCCAGAGCAUCCUUACGGAAUAAUAAAAUUUAUACGUCAAAUAAAUUCAGCUUAUUCAGUGCAACGUGGUCCUAUUUUAGUUCAUUGUAGUGCUGGGGUGGGCAGAACUGGAACGAUGGUUGCUUUGGACUCAUUGAUGCAACAACUUGAAGAAGAGGGACUUGUUUCAAUUUUCAACACAGUUUGUGAUUUGCGACAUCAAAGAAAUUUUUUGGUUCAAUCAUUGAAACAAUACAUAUUUUUGUAUCGGGCUCUAUUAGAUAUUUCUCAAUUUGGAAAUACAGAACUACAUGCUAAAAACCUUUGUGCUACGCUGGAAAAUCUUAAACACAAGCCAAACGACAGUAAAGAAAAAUGCAAAUUAGAAUUAGAAUGCGAGAAAAUAAAAGCUGUUGUAGACGAAACUAACAAAAGCUGCUCUGUUGGAAGUGGUGAAGAGAAUCUGAGUAAAAAUCGAUCUGAUGCUGUAAUUCCGUUUGAUCGCAAUAGGGUUAUUUUGACUCCUAUUCCGACCCGUGAACAUUCCACCUAUAUCAAUGCUUCAUUUAUUGAAGGAUAUGAUAACUCUGAAUCAUUUAUUAUAACUCAAGAUCCCUUAGAAAAUACAAUAGGAGAUUUUUGGAGAAUGAUUUCCGAACAAAGCAUUAACACACUAGUAAUGAUAUCAGAGAUUGGAGACGGCCCACGUAAAUGCCCAAGAUACUGGGCAGAUGAAGAGGUUCAAUAUGACCAUAUAUUGGUAAGAUACAUUCAUAGUGAAAGUUGUCCGUAUUAUACAAGACGAGAAUUUGAUGUUACGAAUUGUAAAAUUAAUGAUACCAUAAAAGUAACACAGUUUCAAUAUAAUGGAUGGCCUACUGUAGAAGGAGAGGUACCGGAAGUAUGUCGUGGCAUCAUCGAACUUGUUGAUCAAGCUCAAAAGCAUCAUAAUGCGCAAAAUAGUUUUUCGUCUCAAAGUCCAAUAGCUGUUCAUUGCAGUCUUGGCACGGAUAGAAGUUCAAUAUUUGUGGCUAUGUGUAUUUUAGUACAACAACUUCGAACUGAAAAAAAGGUGGAUAUAUGUACAACAACAAGAAAAUUACGUUCUCAGAGAAGCAUGCUAUUGGAUACUUAUCCUCAAUACGAAUUUUUACAUCGUGCAAUCUUAAAUUAUGCAGAGUUGCACAAAUUAACAGGGGACUCAACAUCAGAAUGCUAAUAAUAAAAAUUACGGAAAAGUAAAUUACCCAAUUGAAAGAGAAAUAUAAACGGAAACGAAUAUUUUAAUUGCUACUAUAAAAUGUUAAGUUCCCUUAUUUGAUUGCACAAUCUCUAUGUUGUGAUACAGGUUUUUAAUUUAAAUAAAAUUUUAAUAUAAUUUCAUAAAUAAAAAGGUAAAAAUAAUGUUGAAUAAAAAUUAAAAAAAAAAUUUUCUACUGUUAAGUUGCCAAAGGAUAAUUAUUUUAAUAAGUUUAAAUAAUUUAACUCGAAUUUUUUUGUAUUAAUUUUACAUAAUAAGUUUAUGCAUAAUAUAUACGAUUAUACAAACAAACAUACAUUUUUUUUUAAACUAACAGCUAUGUAAGAUACCAAAUUAUAAAUGCCAUGUUAAUUUAAAAAUUUAUAAAUAUAUAUAACAUACUCUUAAAUCAAAAUACGCAUAUAUAAAUAUAUAUAUAUAUAUAUAUAAAUAUGCAUAUAUAUAUAUAUAAUAUAUAUAUAUAUACAUUUCGUAUCUGAUAUAUACAUACAUACAUAUACAUAAAAAUUGGAAAUAAAAUAAAAAAAAUGAGUAUAGAAAUAACUUUGUGGUAAAAAUUUAAUAAUUAUUAUAGAUUAAAAUUUCGCUUAAGGAAUGUUCUUUUAUAUUUGAUUAAAAAAAAGAGUAUGCAAACAAAACAAAAAUUGUAGAAUUACGAUAUAAAAAUACAUAACUGGA